AUGCCAUACCCAUUCACACUACCGACGACGUCUUCGACACCUCUGGAUGCCUUCAUCAGCAGUCCUAGUCAUCCCUCUCUGCCCCUCACAGCUACAACACAACGAUCCGUCCUUCGCGACGCUCUCAAGAAGCACAAACGUCUACCACCCGCACAACAAGCUGCCCAUCUGGGAGUUGUACAGGAAGCACUGAACGCCUACCUACCAUACGCCUUAGGCAUUGCAUCCGCCUUGAACUCCGGGAGAAUUGGAGACGAACCCGUCAACGUCACAAAUACAAAACAAUUACAGACACAAUGGCGUCUCACCCUUUCUGCCACCCUUCCAGGUCGAGAACCGCCACGAGCACCACUAGCAGGUGUAUACAACGAUGUCGCCUUCGUUUUGCAAUCGCUAGCAUACAUCCAAGUCCAACAAGCACGUGUCCAUCUACAAGUGCUGUACUCCUCCUCAAUACCAUCACCAGACCGACGCACCGCAGCCAUCAGCUCAGCAAUGAAAUACCUCCUCGAAGCAAACGCAAUACACAAUUACAUUCUGAACCUACAUACCCAAGACCCAGCCUCUGCACCCCUUGACACUGUAAAUUCAACACAAGUUGCUCUCGCAGCUCUCGCUCUUGCAGAGGCCACUUUGAUCACGGUAUUGAAAGAUGAUCCGUAUACUACUGCCGUCAUCCAAGCUAGAAACAAGGAAGAUAAGGAAUGGAUGAUCUCAGCACCAUCAAUACCGAAAGUCCGCGCACAUUUGUUUGCACGAUUGUGUUUGUGCGCUUCUGAUCACGCGCAAAGAGCUGCUGCAUCUCUGGCUCCUGGGAUCGGUGCUCUUGAUCCUGCCCUUCUGAAUUACGUGGACGAUCUCCGACGCACCUCUCGCGCAAAAGCUGCGAGAUUCCUGGCCAUCGAUGCAGAGAUAGCUGGCAAAACAGGAGAAGCCAUCGCAUACCUUCGAGGUGCAAGAAAGGAAUUGGGACUAGCGCCACUGGAACAAGACGCCAGCAAACGAAAAGGCUGGAAAGGUAUCAAGCAGACUUUUGCCGAGAAGAGGGAAGACAGGAAAGUGGAAAAGGGCAGUGAUGACUGGGGUCUGGACGCAGGCAAACUUGAGGAGGCGAGGGUCUUGGAGUGGUUGGAGGUUAAGUGGGUGAAGAUGAACGACACGAUCAACGUUCAAGCUGUUCCGCCCAGCGAACCGCUCAUGGCCACGAUGCCUUCUGGACGUGAGUAUCACACGCAGAAACCGUAUAUGCCACCUCAACUGGAUGUUUCUCUGCUUGCUCGCCUGCGUGCACCGGUGGAUCCACAGCAAAGAGCGUUCGGCGGCGAUGAAGACGAUAGUGGAGAUGAAGGUGCUGCCAGGGAACCGGUAGUCGUACCUGGAGCAUUCCCCGGCGCUGCCACUGCAGGAGGUGGAAACGCUUAUUAUUGA